UCUUCCACAUCGACCGGCCGUCCCAGCCGGGCUGUCCGCGAGUAUUUGGGAUUCCCUCAGUCCCCCUCAAGCCUCAACCGUCCGCUGCCUGCCUGCGGGCGCAAGCCAUGACGUCGCUCGCCGUGGGCUGCGGGCUGGCGGAGCUCUGGAUGUUGGGGGGCGGCCUCUUCACGGCGGCGGAGCUAGCGGCGGCCGAACUGCUCCUGCAGCUCAGCGUGGGAGAGGCGGAGGCGUCGCCGGCGACUACCACGACGUGCUCUUGGCGGUCGGAAAGCUCGUGCUCCGAGGACCUCGCCGCGGAGGAGGAGGAGGAGCGGGUCGUCGAGGAGAGCGGGUCGCCGCUGGGUUCGACGACGACGACGGUGGAGAUGGAUACGAGGGCGACCAAGAGGUACCGGCUGCUCUCCGAGCUCUACGCCGCCACGAGCCCGGUGAACCCCGCCGCCGCGAAGAAGAAGAGGAAGAGGCGGCAAGACGAGUCGCCGCCGCCGCCGCCGUCGUCGUGGAAGGCGACGAGGUACGACGGAGAUUACAGAGAUUAGUAUUCGCAGAGGAGAAGGAGCUUUUGUGUAAUUACGGGGCUGUCGUAGGGUUGUUUCCGCUAAGUCCGCCUCCCUUCUUAGCUGGCACGCCAUCUUAAUUUUCAGAGAGAAGAGAAACGCAAGACGACAAGAGGAAACCACAGCUCGUACAGCAAGAAGAAGGAGAAGUUGGUCACUUGGCGCUUCUCCGUUUUGAAUUUGAAUCUGAAUUAUCGGAGCACUACUCAACUAGUAGUACUUCCCACGUUCCCAACUGCCCGCAUCAUUACAAGUAUUUUUUGGCGUUGCCUCAAGUGCGAUUUGAAUUUCGAAUUUGGUCUUUA